GCUCUGCUAUCUGAGAUCGCUCAACUGGAGGAGAAGGACCGCCAGUCCCAUCUCUGUGUUUGCCUUCAAUGGCUUUCUGGACUUAUUUUAUUUGAAUGUCUGGGCAUUUGCAUCACCAAUAAUGGAUAUUUUAUGGAUAUUAUGGAGCAUACCGACCGUAAUAGCUGUUGAAGAGACACUCAUGGACUCCACCACAGCCACGGCGGAGCUCGGCUGGACAGUUUAUCCUGUGUCGGGGUCAAGUGAUAAUAGCUGGGAGGAGGUGAGCGGUUACGACGAACAUAUGAACACCAUCAGGACGUACCAGGUCUGUAAUGUUUUUGACAGCAAUCAGAACAACUGGGUACGGACAAAAUACAUCAGGCGUCGUGGUGCUCAGCGGAUCCACGUGGAAAUGAAAUUCUCUGUUAGAGACUGCAGUAGCAUCCCUAAUGUCCCGGGCUCCUGUAAAGAAACUUUUAACCUUUAUUACUAUGAAUCAGAUUCAGACACAGCCACCAGAACAUCUCCAGCAUGGAUGGAGAAUCCCUGGAUCAAAGUUGACACCAUUGCAGCAGAUGAGAGUUUCUCCCAGGUUGACCUUGGAGGCAGAGUGAUGAAGAUCAACACUGAAGUGAGAAGUUUUGGCCCUGUGUCAAGAAAUGGUUUUUACUUAGCCUUUCAGGACUACGGAGGCUGCAUGUCGCUCAUUGCAGUCCGGGUCUUCUACAGAAAGUGUCCUCGGAUUAUCACUAACGGGGCACUGUUUCAGGAGACUCUAUCAGGAGCAGAGAGCACCUCGCUGGUGGCAGCAAGGGGUGUUUGCAUCCCGAACGCAGAGGAGGUGGAUGUUCCCAUAAAGCUUUACUGCAACGGAGAUGGAGAGUGGAUGGUACCCAUUGGGCGCUGUAUGUGCAAAGCCGGGAAUGAGGCUGUGGAAAACGGAACUGUUUGUAGAGCCUGUCCAUCAGGUUUUUUCAAGCCUACUCAAGGAGAUGAGUCCUGUAUGCAGUGUCCAAUCAACAGCCGUACCACGAGUGAGGGUGCCAUCAACUGCAUUUGCCGUAAUGGAUACUAUCGUACUGACUCCGAUCCACUCCAGAUGCCAUGCACAACUGUUCCCUCAGCUCCACAGGCUGUGAUCUCAAGUGUGAAUGAAACCUCUGUGAUGCUGGAGUGGAUGCCACCCCGAGAUUCUGGAGGCCGUGAGGACGUAGUCUUCAACAUCAUCUGCAAGAGCUGUGGCGGAGGUCGUGGAGGGUGCACCCGCUGCGGGGACAAUGUUCAAUUUUUACCUCGUCAGCUCGGCCUGACAGAAACCCGGGUGUACAUUAGUGACCUGUUGGCCCACACGCAGUACACGUUUGAGGUGCAAGCUGUCAACGGGGUGUCAGAUCAGAGCCCCUACUCUCCUCAGUAUGCCUCAGUAAACAUUACCACUAACCAGGCUGCUCCAUCUACGGUAUCAAUAAUGCACCAGGUCAGCCGUACCAUGGACAGCAUCACCCUCUCCUGGUCUCAGCCAGAUCAGCCAAACGGAGUCAUCUUGGACUAUGAACUCCAGUAUUACGAAAAGGAUCAAUCCGAAUACAACUCUACCACCAUCAGAAGCCGGACCAACACAGCAGUGAUCCGUGGCCUCAAGUCAGGGAGCAUCUAUGUUUUCCAGGUCCGGGCUCGCACUGUUGCUGGCUUCGGACGCUACAGUGGCAAGCUGUACUUCCAGACCCUGACGGAGGAGGAGUACAGCACAAACAUGCAAGAGAAGCUUCCACUCAUCAUUGGUUCAGCAGCUGCAGGAAUGGUUUUCCUCAUUGCUUUGGUUGUCAUCAUCAUCGUUUGUAACCGGAGGCGUGGCUUUGACAGGGGUGAUUCAGAAUACACAGACAAACUACAGCACUACACCAGCGGCCACAUGUCUCCAGGAAUGAAGAUUUACAUUGAUCCAUUCACAUAUGAAGACCCGAACGAGGCAGUGAGGGAGUUUGCCAAGGAGAUUGAUAUUUCCUGUGUGAAGAUUGAACAGGUCAUUGGUGCAGGAGAGUUUGGGGAAGUGUGCAGUGGCAACCUGAAGCUCCCGGGGAAAAGGGAGAUGUUUGUGGCCAUAAAGACCCUGAAGUCUGGCUACACCGAAAAGCAAAGACGAGACUUUCUGAGCGAGGCCAGCAUUAUGGGUCAGUUUGACCAUCCUAACGUCAUUCAUCUGGAAGGAGUGGUUACCAAGAGCAGUCCUGUAAUGAUCAUCACUGAAUUCAUGGAGAAUGGAUCCCUUGAUACCUUCCUAAGACAAAAUGAUGGACAGUUCACUGUGAUCCAGCUUGUUGGUAUGCUACGUGGCAUUGCUUCAGGCAUGAAGUACCUUGCAGACAUGAAUUACGUGCACCGUGACCUGGCUGCCCGAAACAUCCUGGUCAACAGCAACCUUGUAUGCAAAGUGUCAGACUUUGGCCUCUCACGCUUCUUAGAGGACGAUACAUCGGAUCCUACGUACACUAGUGCUCUGGGAGGGAAGAUCCCCAUCCGUUGGACUGCUCCUGAAGCAAUCCAGUACAGAAAGUUCACCUCUGCUAGUGAUGUGUGGAGCUAUGGGAUUGUCAUGUGGGAAGUCAUGUCCUACGGAGAGAGACCUUACUGGGACAUGACCAAUCAAGAUGUCAUCAAUGCUAUAGAGCAGGACUAUCGGCUUCCCCCUCCAAUGGACUGUCCCAGCGCGCUUCACCAGCUCAUGCUGGACUGCUGGCAGAAGGACCGUAAUAACCGUCCCAAGUUUAGCCAAAUUGUUAACAACCUCGACAAGAUGAUCCGCAAUCCCAACACACUGAAGGCUAUGACUCCUUUAUCUUCAGGGGUUCAUCUCCCACUCCUGGACCGCAGCAUCCCAGACUUCUCCACCUUCAGCACUGUAGAUGAGUGGCUGGAUGCCAUCAAAAUGGGCCAGUACAAAGAAAACUUUGCCAAUUCUGACUUUUCGACAUUUGAUGUGGUGUCUCAGAUGACCAUGGAUGACAUCCUGAGGGUUGGUGUGACUCUAGCCGGUCAUCAGAAGAAGAUCCUGAACAGUGUCCAGAUGAUGCGUGCACAGAUGAACCAGAUUCAGUCAGUGGAGGUUUGACCCUCUACAGAGGAGCAGAAGGUGUCGGGAGACAGGGCUCUGGAUGUCAAGAAUGGAGUGGAUUUUCUUUUUUCAUGUGUGGUAUUAAGUCUGGUCUUUCCACCAGACUGCCAUCAAGCCCAACGUUCAUCUCUCCUAUUCCCUCUCUCCUCUCCCUUCUCCCUGACUCUUCCUCCAUGCUUGGAAUAAAUUGCGAAGAGCUGUGAUGAUGGAAAUCAAAGUGAUGAAGAAUCCAGGCACCCCCACAGCAAAACCCACCAUUAAAACCACAAACAUGGGAGGUUAGAAUAGACCAGCAAAUUCAUUUUUUAAUCUUCCACCAGUUUAAUUUGUUUCAGCAUUUACUAUCCCCCCUUUUUUUUGGUUUAUUCUGGUAAUUUUGUAAAGAUUUUUUAAAGAAAAGAGAAAAUCUGAUAAGGAAAGGAGUUUAUCUAAAUUUAUAGAUGAUAUAAGGCCGUACACUAGAUGAACUCAGUAGGAGAGCUACCCUUUAAAAGGGCAAAAAAAGAAGCAAAGUAAGAGUUGGGGAGAACAUCCUCAAUAUGGUAUGGAAGUUUUGUCUUGUUUUUAAUUUUGGACAGUAUGUGGAUACACAGAGUUCUCUGUGGCCACCUGCAAGACAAAGGGGAGCUACGCACGCAACGCAACUGGUGCCACAGGUAAAAAAAGAUGAAAUACAAACCAUGAAAUGGACAACAUGUGGCCUUGACUGAUGUUGAAACCACAUUUAAUCAGACGGACAAAUCAUGCAGUGAAAUCAGCUUGAAAGAAAAAGGAAAAAAAGAACUUUUCUCACUGCGAGAAACUUUUAAUGUUGUCAACAUUUUGUAUUGAAGAAUCCCUCUGACCAUGCUUCCUCUAACUAAAGACUAGUUUAUUUUUUUCACAGUGAAAUAUUCACAGUCUGCCAAAUAGAACUCUUCCCUUCGCACUAGAGUCAUGAUCCUGUACUGUACAUAUCAGAUGCACUUGACCUGCCAUAACAUGACGACUCAGAGAUAGUUAUUGUAGGCGAUUAGUUCAAGAGCUGAAGACGUGUCUACAGGGACUACAGGGAGCAUUUUAGUAGUUGUUGCCUUUAGCUGCAUCUUUUUAGCUUGUGAAGAAAACAGCAAAAUGACUUCCACAGAGAUUCUUAGAAAAACAUAAAAAAAAAAAAACAGGUUCUACUGUUUAUGUCAGACUCAACAUUCAGACAAAGGAAUCCAGUUACAGCAUCCUUCUUUAUGGUGUUUAUCUCAAGUGCCGUCUGUACGUAUGUGAACACUCAUGUGCCGCAUGCACAAGGAAAAAGGUCGCUUCUGACAGUGUGGGAUCUUGUAUUUGAUAGCAUGCUGACCGAGUGGUUUAUUUCACCGAGCUUUGAUUUGGAGCAAUUAGUCUAGCAUUAUAUUCAGUAUUCUUCCAGUUUUCCUUUUAAAAAAAAAGGAUGUUUAUGCUUAAAAGAUUAAAAUGUUGAUACUUCACAGUUGUUUUACAUUCACACAGUUAAGUCACAAUCAUACAUUUGUUGAAUAAAAAACUAAUGUGUCUCAUAUUGUUGCAAUUCUACUAUACGCGUUUUUUGAAUUUCUAUAGUUCCCUUUUUGCACUGAGUUUAUUUUUGCUGCCAACCCUCUGGAUGUUUUGCUUUCCUUUUGGUUUUGCUUUUUUUGGUUUUUAGAAGGAUAAAUCAUAAACACAAAACCAUGUAGAUAAACAGCUUUACCUUGUAAAAGCUUUUUUUUUUCUUCUUCACAUUAAUGCAUUUGUUGUAUUAUUUUAUGAGGACUAAUUGUCACACAAGUACAGAAUUGUCAGCCUUGGUUUGUGUUGUCGAUGUUAACCUGUUGUAAGUUUUCUUAGUAUUGGGGGACAAAGUUCAGAGAAAUCCUGUGAAUCUUCAGAGAUGGUGAAUCAGACAAGAGUUUAUGCGCACAGCAAAUAAAUGAUAAGCAGUAAUGCCGAGCUCCUGCCAGGCUCUGCCCAGAGAGCUGACAGACAGACAUGGACCUCCAGCUGUGAACCAUCGGUCAGAUGUGUCUGGUCACAGUGGGGUGGCUGCACCCUGAUCAUAGCUUCACUGCCCCAACACCGAUUUUGUCUCUCUGUCCUUCUGAUAACACACAUGCCUGUCGACCACCUGUCAAACGGCUUCCUCUGAUCUACUCUUAGUCGGCUUUUGCCAGUUGUCCGGUUCGUCUCGGCAGGUUUAAAACGCAUCAGCAGCAGGCACAUUAACAUUCGACUGCGUGGCAGUUGUGUCUUGUCUUGUCCUAAUGGUAUGUGCCAGUGAGAUUCCUCCACGCUGGACAAUGCUUCUCAUGUUUGCUUGUACCAAACCCUCAGACGAUGACCUGAGUUUACAUGUUCUCACUACAGCAGCUUUGGCACCAAGCCGGAGUUACUGCACCGCUGUCAUCCCAUCGUACAUUAUCCCCAGCUGUCCGCAGACUUUAAAGCAGAUAGGGAUUGAUUUAGUUUUCUUCUAGUCCUCUGUUGCAGGAUACAUAACAAAUAUUCCCCUGGAAUCUUUUCAUAACAUGCAUUAUAAAAGCAGAGGUCAAUUUAAAGCCGAAGAUUCAAAAAGGGGAAGUGAAGUGAGAGGCAAUAGCGUGACUUAAAUGCCACCCAUAUUUUCGUGUUUUUACUGACCUUUAGCUUGUCCUAUAUUUCAUUUCCUAGGAAGUUUUGCUUUGAAACGCUGCAUGUCGUCUCUCAAUACGGGAAAUAUGCCGUCGCCAGGAAAAACACUUAAUGUGCAGGAAAUGAAUUUACAUUUUGCGAGAGGCUGGCAAGUUGCAGUGUUUCUUUACUUCAGCCCCAUUAUGGCUCAUUCAGAUGUUCGCCUGUGGAAGCUGCCAAGACUUUGAGUUAUUAAUCAAUACAAUUAAACCUGACAUUUGCUUCAAGGAACUGCCCUAAACGGGGUGAGGGUAUUUUAUUCUGACUACUGCGUCAGCUUUUUUUUUUGUUUGUUUUGUUUUGUUUUUUUUUUUGUUUUGGCAAGGCAAGUAGUAUUGCUGGUAUUGCAUUUAUUGUGUAAUUUGAAGAGUCUUAUAUAAUGGUUCUAAUUAUAUUAGUGCAGUUUGGGGGGAGAUACAACAGUGGGCCCCUUUGGGUUAAAUUCAGGAAACUGGAAAUAUGUGUAGAAAAGAGGAGGGUUCUGAUUAUUCAGAGUUACAUUUUAAAGCAAGAAUAUUUCUAAAGGAAUUUUAAAUCCCUGUGUAUUUGGAAUAUUUGAUAUACAAAAAAUUGUUUAAUUUACAUGCAAUCUGUAAAUAAACAGAUUAUUGCUUCUUUUUUUUUUUUUAUGCGCAGUUCUGGCUUUGCAUAUUUGCCGGCCGUAUCUUUUUAAUUAAAGAAUGUUUUUUUCUUUACACCUUUGAUGGUGAACAAAACUAUUCAGCCUCACCUUUUACAGUGUGCCAAUGUUUAAAGGGUAGGGGAAAAGCAUUAAGUCUCACUGUUGCAGUUACAUGAAAGUGUGCAUGAACGUGAUCUGAUCCAGGCUGUAAAGAUGUCGACCUCAUGCUGUUGUGAACAGAAAAGGGUUCUCAUUCAAUGGCUCCAACAGGAAGCACCAGGGCUCCCUCUACUGAUGCUUUUCAAACAUUUUCAGAGGGAAAUUUUCAAGCCCAUUCAUUUUAUGAAUUCUGCACCAGGCAAAUCUCCAGUGUUUUGGGGGACUUGAGCAGGCUGCUGAUGGACAAAUAUUGGCUGCUGCUAAGAGUAAGCUCAUGUAUUUUCGCCUGUUGGAAAAAAAAAACAUUUACAAUUACAGCAUCCUGGCACAUGUGUUCUCCUAUGUGACUAUGUGUUCCCCUCUGUUGCUCGCAUCUGCCCCCAGCAAACACCCCAUCCACCACUACCGCUCUGGCUCCUGGUUAGUGCAGUCAGGGGGAUAACCCUGUUUCACUGAUCUGUUAAUGCCCACAUAAUAGACCAGUGCCGGUUCAGACCACUGUGACUGAUGUGGGAGAUCCUGUAUUUCUGUAUAAAUGUAUAUUGACUGUAACCCUGUGAAUGAUGUAACAAUUUCAUUAUUUGUAAUAUUGUCUUUGUUUUAUUUUCUAAAAAUGGAAAGCCCAAUUGACUCUCCUCAAUAAAAAAAAA